GGCUCAUAGUGCACUUGCUCUUUUAUGAAUUCAAUACAUUCAUUCAAGCUAAGACUGGACUUUUAAAAAGUAUCAGGAUAUUAGUUUGGAAAUGUUGAUUUGGCUUUGAGAAUAACCCCUCAUUAAAUAUUUCUUUACAUUUGUUGGAAUCAAACUUUGAGAGAAUUCUCUCAGGCAGCGAUUGAAGGAUUGGAAGUUUUAUGAGCUAGCAAGCUUCAUACUUGAAUUGUAAUUGAUCACACAAAUGGAAAAUACUGUGGACAUAACCUGGCAUUUGAUCAGUGUAGUUCCACUAUGUAAGAGAGAGGAACUAUGGUACAAAUUGGUUUAAGUAUGGAGAUUGAAGUGCUGCUGUUAAUAGUAAAUAUAGCGAGUAAUUGCUAGAAUUCAAUGCCCUUGGGCACUGCAUAAGUUGACUCAUAAUAAGGUGACCACUUGAGCUCCUUUCUUACAGGAUUUGAUUUGUUCAAAAAUAAAUGCCUGAUUAUCUGUUUGAUAUAGACUCAAAGUAGACGGAAAUAAAAAAGAAAAAAACUUUUAUACGUGUGUAACCUGCAUUGGUAUUUGAUGUACAAGAAUAAAGUACCCAAUCAUAUAAGAAAUGCCUACACUCUUCUCAAUAAGGCAUGGGAUACUCCACCAGCAAAGUAACUCAGCAGAAGCAAACCUAUCCGUCAAGGUGGCAGGUUCCUAGCGCUCUCGUACCUUGGCAGUUUGGCCGCAAGAUCAGUCAGAGUUCAUGACUCCGCGAUUGCUUUCUUCCUUUGUUGAGUUUAAGUGGGGGUUCAGGAUAUGUGAAAAACAUGUUUUUUGAGACAACAACCCCCAUAUUCAACAUUUUCUUUGGCGCAGGAUUAUCUUGGCAUGUCCCUAUUCUUCCUGGCUAAUGGAUGGGCUCUUCAGAAUUCUGUGACGAGCUUCUUCUUGUAUUCAAGAAGAUUCACUCAUUUCCUCAAUGGACUACCUUCCCACGUUUCCCUCAGUCACAAUUGCCUUUCACCCACAUGAAUUUUGCCCAGCCUUCAAUUUCAGACAUGUUUCAAGGUAGAAACAUUACCGACCUCACAGCAGAGGCAGCAGAAUAGAUGGAGAAGGCACUCUUUUCAUUGACCUACCAUGAGACAUCCACUUUUGGAAUGUUGUUCCUUGACACCACUUAGUUCAUCACACAAGGAUUUGCUUUUAUCUACAUGGAAGAGGAGAGAGAUGCUGAGGAUGCUAUUCGGAGACUGGAUCGAACAGAAUUUGGUCGAAAGGGACGCAGGCUUCGUGUUGAAUGGACAAAACAGGAACGUGGCAUUAGAAGGCCUGGAGGUUCUAGAAGAUCUUCCUCUAAUACGAAGCCUUCAAAGACUCUGUUUGUUAUUAAUUUUGAUACACAUCAUACGAGGACUAGGGACUUGGAGAGGCACUUUGAGCCAUAUGGGAAAAUAUCAAGUGUGAGGAUUAGAAGGAACUUUGCAUUUGUGCAGUACGAGUCACAGGAUGAUGCUACGAGAGCAUUGGAUGCGACAAACAUGAGCAAGUUGUUGGAUCGAGUUAUUUCAGUGGAGUAUGCAGUCAGGGAUGAUGAUGAUGAAAGGAGAAAUGGAUAUAGCCCGGAUAGAGUUGGUGAUAGAUCAUUGGAGAGAAGCCGUGAUAGAAGGCGAUCCCCAAGCCCAUAUCGACGAGAGAGGGGGAGCCCUGAUUAUGGACGUGGUUCUAGUCCAUACAGAAGAGAGAGAGGCAGCCCUGACUAUGGCCGUGGACACAAUCCAAGUCCCCAUCGAAGAGAGAGGGGUAGCCCCGAGUAUGGACGUGUACGUAGUCGUAGUCCUAAACAAAGAGAGAGGGUUGGUCCUGAUCAUCGCCGUGGUUCAAGCCAUAGUCCUUACCAAACAGAAAGGGCUAGUGCUGAUCUUGGUCGUGGCCCCAGUCACAGUCCUUACAGAAGAGAGAGGGCAAGUGCUGACCAUGGUCGUGGCCCCAACCACAGUCCUUAUGGGAGAGAAAGGGCUAGUCCUGAAAAUGGUCGUAUCCCCAGCCGUAGUCCUUAUGGAAGAGAGAAGGCUAGCCCUGACAAUGCUCAUGAACUCAGCCCAAUACCUGAACCUAGAGAGGACAGCCCCAAUUUUGGUGGUGGUCCUGAGACCCCCGUGCGUGACAGGUAUCGCAGUCAAUCGCCCCAGGCAGAGGACUGAUAUGGAGCCUAGUUCUUGGAAAAGCUAUGGUUUGUUGUGCUGAUUUGUGGUGGUGGCACAAGUCAUUUAAAGUGUGUUCAGCUUGGCUUCAUUCAGUAACAACUAAUUGUAGAGUUGGCGAGCAAUAUGCUUCUGUGUUUGUGAUGUAGGACCUAGUCGUUGUCAGUCUUAGUUUAUAAAUUCUCAUUUGCUUAGGUUUCUGCUCAAAUUUAAUGGAUAUUGUAAACAAGACAUGUCUACAAAACAUCCGAUCCAUGUUGGACUUGAGAGCCUCUACUUUCUGUUUUUGUUUUGUACUUGAAUUAUAAUAAUAGUUGUCUGUCUCUAGUAGAACCUGAUGGUUGUCUCUA